CUAGCGAGUCAGUGAGAGCUGAGCUGUGGUGAGGGAUGGAGCGCUCGGCUUCCUAGUCUCUCGCGCCUCCUCCCUUAGCUACCCGCAUUUAGCGAAGUCUUUUAGACUUCUGAACUUAACGAAGCAGCUAUCUCUAAAAAACUAACGAACCUCCGAUGCCACUAUUGUUCUUUAAGAGUCCUUUGCAAACCAAGUGGUGAUAAACUGUUGCAACUGACAGAAAGGAUGAAAGAAGUGAAAUUGUUGACUGGGAGGAAAGUGUAACAUUAAACCAGACGUGAGAGAACGACAAAACCUGAUUAGGAUUACCGGAAACAGACAUUAACAGACCUUAAUACAGCCUCACUUGGAUUACGUCAGCACAACAUGGAGAUGGCUUGGGUACCUGUGGGGAAAUUAAAGUGGUGAUGGAAAAGCAUCAAACACGGUGAACUUCGGAUUAAAAAAAAAGAGAAUGGUUAGCUUAAAUGCUGUCAGUGUUUCAAAGAUUUCCCGUAUUUUGUUUGUCUUGUGUUUUGAAAGAUAAUGUUGAUUGAAAUAUGUUAAUCACCUAAUCGGAAACAAGCUAUUUACGGCGAAAGAUGGUAUUUUAAUCACUGUUUCUUGAAAGCCAAUAAAAAUAAUUUUUAUAUUAAAAGGCAAAGCCUCAAGGCGAUCAUUUCAUUCUGAAACUUCAAAACUAGCAAAAUAUCCCCAGUUUUAAAAAUAAAGAUUAAACCUAGCAGGAGUCCGAAGCGACCGUGUGAAUGUAAGGCUUCUGCCUAGCUAAGGCUGUGUUAUAACGCUCUUAUGUGUAUCUAUAGAGACGGCUGUGUGUAAAGCAACACUAUUUAGCCUCGCCAGUGUGUUAGUGUGUACACGAACUCUCAGCUUUCAAUACUCUUCCAGCGGUACUGUUAGUACUGCAGUACCUUCAGUGUUGUACCGUCACCACGGUACCGAUACAAAGCUACGGUAUCGGCAGUAGCACUGUCACCACCUUCAUACAACAGGAGAAUCACCUAGCCACGACAGGAGCACCACCUAGCUACGACAGCAGCAUCACACUACCCACAGCAGCACCGCUACCUUGCCAUGCCAACAACGCUCCUACUACUACUACCUUGCAACGACAGCUGCACCCUUAUCUUGCCAUGGCAACAGUACAUUAUCCACAAGAGCACCACACUGCCCACUAACACAACUAUAAUAGCAACACUGCAGUACCGAGAAUCUCAUCACUACUGACUUCACCACCACUACUGCUGGCAGCACCACUGCUGCUGACAGCAUCACAACUGUUAACAGUACCACCACCACCAUUACGAAAGAAGUGAAAAACAUUAUCAGUGAGGAAAGCUUGAACGUGCCGAAAGAGAGGCAGGUGGGAAAAAGCAGGCAUCAAAGCAAGGUGUAUGUGUGUAUGCUAGUGGCUUGCAGAGGCGGCCCAGAAGGCAGAUGUGUAUGGUAGAGGCUUGCAGUAGUGGUCAGUAAGGCAGGUGUGUGUGUGUGUGUGUGGUACCGGCUUGGAAUAGCGGACAUUAAAAGGCAGGUGUGGGAGCUUGGGACGCUGCUGCCUCGCGGGUCUUACUGCCGCUGCUGCUGCUGCCGCCGCUGCCACUACCAUGCCCACCAUCGAUCACGGCUCACCGGCACACGCGCCCCACGUCUCCCCUGCCACGUGUUUUACACACCUGCACGCCCUCACGUGUGUUUAGUACAUGGUGUAAAACCGACAACGACGGGCAGAGUUGGGAGGCAGCCGGGCCGUGGGGCCCUUCAGGACAACUAUUAUGGAAGCGUGAAACAGCAGUGCUCAUCCCUGUCAACACUUGUCCCUAUGCCACCCAUCAUCACCGCCGCCCACACUAGCAUGCUGCUGGUACUGUUGGUGCUGGUGGGCGGCGUUGGCGGCCGUCCACCAGAGUGUGAGUGGAAGCUGGAAAACGCAGGGGUGACAGCUGGAGGCAGCGAGCAAGUCCGCACCACCUGCCACGUGCGAACGCUGAGUCGGGCGCUACUGACGGAGGGCGGCGGCAACACGUCGCUGUCGGCUUUGGCUCACGCCACCCACGUGACGGUUCUUACGCUGCAUUGUGCCAGGCAGGUCGUUUUUGAGUCUGAGAUUACACCGGGAAUGUUCACAGUGUUCCCUAGGCUGGAGGAUUUGCAGAUCCUGGGCUGCAAAGUAACGGAGCUUCCCCCAUACGUGAUGGCUGGCCUCCCCCACCUGCGACGCUUCAUGUUAAGGGCACACCAUCAGGACUGGCCAGGAGCAGCCCUGGCAGUCCAUCCUGACGCCCUAGCAGAUCUCAGCCGUCUAGAAGCUCUUGACUUGGCCCAUAAUGCCCUCUGGUCUCUGCCGCCAGCUGUGUUGUGCCACCUGCCGUCACUCACGACUCUUAAUUUAACGCACAACCGCCUACAUCAUCUGCCGGAUCUUGGCUUGGGCUCCCAGCAGAAGCAGGGAGAAGAGAGUGACCAGCUUCCUAAGUGCUCGUUGCCUCUACAACACCUAGAUCUUUCUCACAACCAGGUUGCUGAGGUGCCUGAGCGAGCCUUCACUAGUGCGAAGGCCAUACAGACACUCUCCCUGAGACACAACCGGGUGGCUCACCUCUCUGACUGGGCAUUCGGCGGUUUAAACACACUCAAACACUUAGAUCUCUCCCAUAAUCGCUUGGUAGCUGUGCCACGGUCUGCAUUAACAGAUCUUCUGCAGCUGACAGAACUCUGCCUCGCAAACAACUCUUUAAGUGUCCUACCUCCCGCUGCAUUUAGCAAUUUAGGCCAGCUGCAGACGCUAGACCUCAGUUACAACCAGUUAAGUCUGGGCCCAAACAACGUGGAACCCUUCACUGGACUCAUUCGUCUGAUGGUUCUGGACCUGUCGCACAACUUACUGGUUCAACUAGGUCCGGAUACCUUCAAGGAUUUGUACUCAUUGCAGGUAUUGCAGCUGGCGUACAAUCAGUUAAAUCACCUCUCUGAUGCUACCUUCGGUGGACUAGCUAACUUACACACCUUGGAUUUGUCACACAAUCAGUUGACAACAAUGUCUGGCCGAUCCCUACUAGGUCUGGCUGUCUUGACUCACUUGUCUCUUGAUCACAAUAAACUGGGAACCGUGCACAAAGAAGCUUUGGACAACUGCUCAUCUCUGCAUCAUCUUAGUCUCGCUCACAAUGUGUUGCUUGGCCUGCCAGAGGCAGUGGCACGAGCUCCACUUUUAAGAACACUUGAUCUGAGCUAUAAUCAAAUACCUUACCUUGAGGAGGGAAUUUUGCACGGUCUUAUACACCUUCAGGAACUUCGGAUUGCCCACAACGUCAUAAAUAACGUGAGUAGAGUCUCAUUGGCUGAAGUUCCAUCACUCAACUACCUUGACCUUUCCCAUAACGCCCUGGCCGACAUUGAGUACGGAGCACUGGAUGCCACACCCAGACUUACAGGUCUUGACCUCCACCACAAUUUCUUGGGAGAUAUCAAUGGCUUGGUGACUCUGUUGCAGAAUCUGACAUGGCUGAACGUCUCUCACAAUAGCAUAACUUGGUUUGAUUAUGCUCUAAUCCCAAAGAACCUUGAGUGGAUUGAUCUGAGUCACAACCAGUUAAGCAAACUGGAAAAUUAUUAUGAAGUUCAGAAGACUCUCGGACUUAGGGUUCUGUAUGCUACUAACAACAACAUAUCUGAAAUAAAUGCAGCAGUUGUUCCAGAUGGCAUAGAAGAGCUACAUCUUCAACACAAUGUUAUUUCGUAUGUAGCCACUAACACAUUUUUAGACAAAAUGAGUGUCUCUUUAAUAGAUUUACGAGACAAUAUGGUGGCAAUUUUAGAGGAAGCAUCACUGAGGCUUUCUCAGAGACAUGCACCUCCUCCGCUCCUGUUGAUCUCACACAACCCUCUCGAGUGCAAUUGUGCCACAGACUGGCUCCUCAGGGCUGCUGGUGCCGGCCUAGGGGUUCCUGUUAGUGGGGGUUCCAUUUUACCACACUUAGGGGAUGUAGGAGCUGUCGAGUGCCGCUUACCUGGAUUGUGGCAAGAAGUUGUUGUGCCCUUGAUCACCGUUCAGCCACACCAGUUUCUCUGCACUUACCGCCGUCACUGCUUCACACUUUGCCAUUGCUGUGACUUUGAUGCAUGUGAUUGUGAGCAGACCUGCCCUAGAAAUUGCACCUGUUAUAAUGACCAUACGUGGACGCAUAAUGUGGUCGACUGUGGUGGUGGUUGGACUCACAUGCCUUCUGGAGUGCCCAUGGAUGUCACAGAAGCUUUUAUGGAUGGCAAUUCAAUGGGUGCCCUAACAUCCCAUGCUCUAAUUGGACGGAAAAACUUGCGAGUUCUUCACCUCAACCACUCUGAAAUUACCGUCAUUCAAAAUCGUACUUUCAACGGACUCAAGAACUUGCAGGUGUUGCGACUCGAUAACAACAGACUGGAAUCUCUGCAGGGUUUUGAGUUCGUGGACUUGCAUGGCCUCCGGGAGUUGUACUUACAGAACAACUAUCUCCGACACCUUAGUAAUAUAUCUUUCUCUCCUCUCCGGGCAAUCGAACUCCUGCGUAUGGAUAACAACCUCCUGACAACCUUCCCUGUGUGGAACCUCGCACUUAACCCUUUUCUAUUAGAAGUAAGUCUUUAUCAUAACCCUUGGAGCUGUGAGUGUAGUUACUUAGCAAAUCUCAGGGCUUGGCUGGAAGCAAACCGCAUCAAAGCAACCAAUGCAAGUCUUAUACGUUGCCACCACAACAGCACUGGAGCCAUAGGUCCUGCAGUGCUCUCUGAUACGCCUGUGAGGUGUGACCACUAUGUGGCCACCACAAGAAUCAAUAAUCUCAUUAUUCACGACUAUGUUAUGCUGAUGCUUAUAACAGCUGUGUUGCUGAUCUUAUUACUGGCUGCAGCUGUAAUGGUUGUAGCUUACCGCAGACGCCUCAGACUUUGGGCAGUUAGCCGCUACGGAAAGCGACUGUUUGAAAAGUCUUCUGCUUAUGUAGAAGAGCGAGAAAAACUCUUUGAUGCAUUUGUCACUCACAGUGCCAAAGACUCUACAUGGGUGUGUGGUCUUAUGGCUCCUGAACUGGAGGCACUUGGGUAUCGGCUGUGUGUGGCUCAUCGUGACUGUACUGCUCCCUCAGCCCCUGUGGCAGGCAGAGCCAUUGCUGAAAGUAUUUCCUGUAGCAGACGCGUUGUGGUUGUUGUUUCCAGGGGGCUGGUGGAUGCAGAGUGGUGCCGCUAUGAUUUCAAGAGCGCCCACGUUGAUGCAUUACGGGGUCUCCGGCACCGAAGCAUUCUCAUAGUCAUGCUAGAAGACGUGCCAAGAUCAGAACUUGACCCUGAACUAGCUGCUAUCGUUCGCACAGCAGGCACUACUCUUCACCCACGAGAUCCAAGAUUCUGGGAGAAGCUACGACGUGCAAUGCCAUCACUACGGUCACGGUUACGGCCAGGAAUCUCUGCAACACUUGGAGGAAAAGCAGCAAGUCGGCCGUUAGUGGCUUCUGAGCAACAAAAUGGUCCAUCUUGGCCUCUCCCAGAAACAAAGCCCUUGGGACACACUCCAAGCAAGUCUCUCACUGUAAACCCAUACUGGGAAACAGCCGUGGGUAACAACGUAUCCGAGGCAACAUGGGCGUCCAGAGGGGGGCCAGAUCUUGGUGCGCCUCCCUGGCUGAACAGCCCUAACAAACCUCCGUCCCCAGCUCCUAACAAUGAGGCGAGAAAUGCGGGGUCGCCGCCUCAAUGUUCCCCUGGCAUCACUGACCACACUUACAUGAGUGUGAGUGAGUGUGGAGAGGUUAGGACCUCACUAAUCCCCACUAGUACCCUCACCUCGCUGGCCCAACCCAACACCCUGACCAGCGAGAACCCUUCGCUGAAUGGAAGAGGGACGGGAGGGGGUGGUUCUCGACCCUCCACGUCCCCCCUAUUCCGUCGAGAUGCCCCCGACUACCUCACCCGCAGCUGGAUCUUCCACCCGCCCCCCAACGAGCAGCCUCCACCUCCAGGACAGACCUACUUCGUUUAGGACUGGUCUGAGACUAUCUGCACGCCUAUGCACUCCUUCCAGUCAUCCUUACCUUACGAGUGCUGUUAGCCACGCCCUCUGGCCCAUAGAGUUUUAGCUGCAUCUUGUCCAUAUCAUAUUCCCAGCAGCUAGUGUAUAGCCUUUCGCCUGCCCCACUACCUAGAUCCACCUAGCACAGCUUUUAGCCCUUGAUUAGGUCUAUUUUUAAGACCAUCUUUUUUUAAGGCCCUCAGCGUUCCCCUUAUUCACCCCUGGCACUCUGAUCCACCAGCCUUGCCCUUUGUACUAUUUCAGAAUUCCUGCACCUCCUUCAAUACUCUUUCACCCUUCCCUAGUUCUGCCUCACCUCCCUCAGAACUCCUUCACCUUUCCUUGGUCCUCCCUCACCCUCCAACAAUCCUUCCCUAGUCCUCAACACCUCACGCGAGGGAUUGGCCCGCACACAUUCCGCCCACACCCACAGUCUACCACACCCACGGACGCCCCGGGUGUGGCUGCACGCCCACAGCGACACCCGGAGCGACGGUGGAGUACAAGCUGUGAUGCAGAGAGAAAACAAAAAGUCGCCCCCAGUGCUUUCUUAUCUGUGCUGGAGACUGCUAUAGCCAGCAGUCACCUUGAGUUCUCUCAGCUCUUGUGCAAGUUUCACAAACGAAAAUGAAUCUUUUUUGUAAAUAAAGGCAAUAAUGUGGAAAAAAAUAUUAGUUUCAAAAAGUUCAUUUAUAAAGAUUAGCCAGAAGUUGUCAGUGUGCAUAUAAGUGAAUCAGUGAUUGAGAAUCGCAAUGUUUAUGUAACGUCCUUGUUGCCAUGUAAGACUCUGCUGUGCUUGAGCAGCAUGGCAACCUCCAACGCCUGAUGGCAACUGCAGCUAGCGAGUGAUUUACGUGUACAAGUGCCAAGGGAUGCGCUGUGCAGGAACCCAAGAUUUUUUUUGUUGUUCAAAUUUAUGAAUUUGAAAAUUGUAUCACCCAUGUCCUCAUUCUGAACUAUGAAACAGAACAUCUAUUUCCUCACCCCGGGGCCUCCUACACCCGGGGAGAGUUGCUUCACCCCCUCAUUAGUAAUGGGGGGCUAGAAGAGUGACCCAGGAGGCAGAGCAAGCCUCAAGAUCUGCUAUGUAUAUUUCAUUGGAUCUUCCAUUUUUUUUUACUCAUUACAUAUAUUGUAAACUCUGUUUCAAAAUUGAGCGAUAAUGGACGACUUAAAAUAUUUCAUCAUUUUUUUAUU